AAGGAAUACAAUCAACAACGAUAACAACAACAACCUCUUCUUCAUCAACCACCAUCCCUCUGUCUUGAUCACAGAGAGAUUUUCCAAUCUAGCACACUCUUUGGCAUGAUCUAUUAUUUCUUUCCUCAUCAAAAUCUCGAUACAGCAAAAUAAAAUGAACAAUCCCAACAAUAUGAAUAAUUCAUCAUCAGCGAUACCUGGCAAUGAUUUUAGUGCUUCAUCAUCGGUGGGAGUUAUUGGACAACCAUUGAGUGGUAAUGGUAGUAGCAGUGGUGGAGGUGUACUUCCUCCUCGAUUGGAAUCUUAUAAUAAUUUGCAUUUGAUCAAUUCUUCUGGGAAUUUACUGACUAAUCAUCAACAUCCCUUGUUGAAUGGCACAGCAGGUUAUUACGGACUAGGACAACAUCAACAUCAUCAGCAGCAGCAUCACUAUGGCAAUCAUUUGCCAACGCAACCAUCCCAAACGAAUGCUGGAGGAGCAACAAUAACAACUAAUAAUUUAUUAUCCUCUCAUCAGCAAAAUCAACAACAACAACUUCAUCACUUAAUGUCUGCUGCUGCAUCAUCCUAUCCAAAUCUAAGUCAAAAUAAUAAUUUAUCAUCAUCCAAUAUCUCUCAACAGACGAGUCAUACCAAUUCUCUCCUUUCUCAUCCAUCAUUGAGUAAUUUACAUCACCUUCAGGCAAGCACAAAUAUUGCUAAUUCUGGUGGUUUAAUGGAUCAACAAUUGUCGUUUAAUCAUGUUCGUGGAACUAGCUACUGGUGGUGGUUUAAUGGCUAUCAUCACGAAUUGCCAAUUAAUGAAUUUAAUUCUUCAUCAUUGAAUGACCAAGAUGCACCUCCUGUACCACCAUCAAAUAAUAAUAAUUCAACAAUAACUGGCAAGACAGAUUCAAAUGGUUCUUCUUCCAAUAAUUCUGAUAAGACUAAAGAAGCAUCAAACAGUAAUAUGGCCAACAUGCAGAAGGAAAUGUCCAACAUGAUGAAGAGACCUAGAAGAGUUGCUAAAUUGGCUUGUGUAAGCUGCAGAAAGGCACAUGCUUGUUGUGAAGACAAGAGACCUUGUUCUAGAUGCUUAGCUCACGGAUUGGAAUGUCAAGAUCAAGUCGGAAAGAAGAGAGGAAGAAAAAAGAAAUCUGGAGAAGAUGAUAAUGAUGAAGAUUUGGAUGAUGUUCCUACUGAAAAACCACAAUCAUCACAAACAUCAUCAAAUGCAGUUGAACCAUCAUCAUCAACUAAUAAUAAUACAGCUACCACUAUUAAUGCUGCUUCAUCUUCUACAGCAACAGCAACUACUGAGAAGAAUGAAAAAAAGAAAAAGAAGAAGAAGGCAUCUUCACCUAAAAAGAAGAAGGAAAAACCAACAGCUACUGCUUCAUCUUCAACAACAACUCAACCAAAAACUGAACCAGAACAAGCUACUCAAGGUCAAGCCAAUCAAAGAAUUCCUCCUACUCAACAACAAAUGAUUAAUCCUAAUCUUGUAAAUAAUUUACCUCUUCAAUUGACAGAAUCAGAAUUAAAAACUCCUGGAGCCAUGCUCACUGCAGGUAACGUAAUUUUCCCUAACAGAGAUAAUCAUCCAUUGUCACUUCCAUUCCUUCUCAAUCAACCUCCUGAAAUUCAACAAUUGACACAAAUUUUAAUGAGGACGCCAGUUGAUACAUUCUACCUUCAUUGCAAUAAUUUGAAUUCUGCCUACGAUUAUCAAAAUAAUCAGAGUCUUUUUGGAACACCCUAUUCGUUGCAUGUUGAUGAAGCUCUCUUGCAUCAACAUCAACAACAUAUGAAUGCACUAAAUAACUUGAAAAUUCAAAAUCAACAACAUCAACAACAACUCCAUCAACAGCAAUUAAUUUCACCUGGAGGAGCAGCUUCACCUCUGAUUGAUUUUACCAAUGAUGAAUUUUUGAGAUUCUCACCUCAAAGUCCACUGUUUGCAUCAAUUGUUGAAAUGGAUGAAAAUGAAAUUCAUAAUGAAGUGGGUCACAUGAUGCCAAUUUCUCAUUCUAACGCUACUGAAGAGCAACAAGCCGACAAGAUGAGAUCUCAAAAUAAUAGCAAUGUAAAUAACAAUGACGAUGUACAAAUAGAAGAUUGUGAAGAUACCAAUCAAAAACCAGCUAGUUCUUCAAAACAAGAUGAGGAAAUUUUCGAAAAAUUGAUAAAGAUGAGUAACGAGGAAAUGAUUAAAUCACUCCAGAUUGGAGAUGACACUAAACAAAUGAUUGAAGAAUCUAUUGGUCAUUUGAAACAAUUUGAUUCGAAUCCAGAAACUGCUAACAUGACCUACAUUGAGUAUUUAACUCAAAAUUUCCCAAUUUCACUCUUAUUGAAACAUAAAUUGAACGACUCUGCUAAAAGACUCUCCACCUCUAACGAAACUGAGCCAGGAACUGAUGCUCAAAAGGAAAUUGAAAUCUUGAGAGAGGAAAAUAAGAGACUGAAAGAGGAAAAUUUGAGAAAGGCCAAUGAAUCAGCCAUGCUCUCAGCUAUCAAUGAAAAUUUGAGAAAUCGUUUCUCUGAAUUGGCAUCUAAGGGUAUAAUUAAAAUGCAAUACGAUGAACCACCAACCUAUGGAGAGAAUAACAAACCAACAGCUAUUCAAGAUUCAUAUCAAGAAUUGGUCAUGCUCAUGGAAAAUAAGCAAGAAAUGGAUUCAUCAGAUUUUGGUAUUAUUCUCAUGUUCCCUGGUGGAAGAAUUAUCAGUUUGAACAAAACACUCCUAACCAAAUUGAAUUACGAUCCAAGUGAUUUGUACGAUAACUUGGAGAGGUGGGAAGAUGUUGUUCAUCCAGAGUCCUAUCCUCAAAUCGUUGCUCAUGUGAGUCGAGUUUUGAAAACACCACCAGCACCUAGAAAGAGCUUUAAAUGUAAAGUUAAUUGUAGAAGAAGAGGAGGUGGUAUGAUUCCAGCAGAAUUAUAUUUGUGUAUUGUUGGUGGAAAAUUUUCAUACAUUCCAGUUUUUGCCAUAAUAAUGGAAUUGAAUGGCGAAUUGUUGAGAAGAUUAGUUAAACAUUUGCAACCAGUGGAAGGAAGUGAAAAGUACAAAUUUGCCAAAAACUUUGAAGCCACUUCGAGAUAUGCCUUUGAUGCUGUUUUGAAGGUUUUCCUUGGAGUCAAGUUGACUGAUGAAACAGUUCAAUCAUUCCCAUUCGAUCUUCGUGAUUUUGUAAAAUAUUCAAUUGUUGGACUUGAUUUGGCCAUUUUGUUAGAUAACAAACCACCUCUCUACAAGUAUUUCAAAACUCAAGAAUACAAACAUUUCGAACAUGUCUGGGAUAAAUCAUUGGAAUACGGCAGAUAUUGCAUCAAGAGAUUCAAAACUAAUCCAACCGAAAAGCCAAGAUUAUUAGAAAUUUUAGAAGAAAGAGCCAAAGAUCAAGAAUAUCCAGAAGAAAGAGUUGAAAAUGUCAUGAUCACCUUCUUACAAGCCGGUACAGACAUUACCGUCAGAAUGGUCAACAAUAGUUUAUACAGAUUAGCUCAACAUUCAGAAUAUCAAGAAAAACUUUUCCAGGAAUCAGUUGAAGUUUUUGGUCAACCAACAAUUGAUGAAUUAACUUUAGAAAAUGGACUUGAAAUUACAAUGGAACAAUUCAAAAAAUUGAAACAUACAAAGAAUUUCAUUGAAGAAGUUUUGAGAUUAAAUUCAUUUUCCUAUCUUACAAUGGGAAGACAAUUGAGUAAGGAUACUGAAAUUGGAGGAUUUAAUGUGCCAAAGGACACGAUUGUGAUUGCCAUGCAAAGAUGGGGAACAUUGAAAGAUGAGUUUAUUCCUAGAGGUAGUGAAUUUAUUCCUGAACGUCACGAGAAGGGAUCUGAUUUGGCACCUGUCAAUAAUUAUGUGUCAGUUCCAUUUGGAGUUGGUGCUAGAAAAUGUCCAGGAUCAAGAAUUGCUCUUACUGAAAUUCAUUUUGCAAUUAUCAAUGCAAUUAGACAUUUCAAAUUAUCUCACGAUAAUGGAAAUGAAAUGCCACCAUCAUCAUUGGAUCAAUCCUUAUUAUAUAUUGAUUCUGAAAAGUAUCCACUUUAUUUCACACCAAGAGAACAUGUUAAGGAAUAUGUUGAAAAAAAUUCCAACAAAUUGUAA